UCACUCCGGAAUUUGUUUGGGGACGCGCAGACAGGGAGAAGUCGUCCAGUUGGCAAACUGACGAAGAAGUAUUUGGAAACUAGAAGGCUCAAAAACAAAACCACUAUGACUUCGACCAACAUGUUUCAAGGGUUGUCUGCAAAAAACAGUUCAAGGGUGUUGCAGCCUCCUGGUGGCGGCUCCAGUAACCUCUUCGGUGGCUAUGAAGAAGACACCCCAUCUCCGAGGAGACCUAAUAAGACGGCCUCUAAAGUGUUUGCCCCCCCAGAGGAGUCCCAGAGUGUAUCUAGACGCUCCUAUCCUCCAGGUGGGAAGAGCAGCGGAAUAUUUGGUGACCCUGACCCUCCGGCUCGGCAACAGAAGCAUCCUCCUGGUGGACAGAGCAGCAACAUAUUCGGUGCUGCAGAGAGUCCAUCUGGCCAGAACCAAGGCCACCCUAAUAAACCAAAGGACAAUCUAAGUGUGGUACCUGAACCUGAAUCAUCUCCAGUCCCAGAAGCCAAGGUCAGCCCACCUGAGGUGAAGGAGGCAGCGGCCCCCCCCGCUCCGGUGCCAGUGAAGGAAGAGCCUGCUCCUGUCUCUGCCCCCCCGCCACCUGAACCCCAGCCCCCAGCUUCCUCCUCCUCCUCUUCCCCUUCCUUACCUGCUAAAGAAUCGAAAGAGUCUGUUAAUGAGAAGAACCACGAGCCCCACCUGGGACCGAAGCCUCGCUCUCACAACCGGGUCCUCAACCCCCCCGGAGGAAAGUCUAGUGUGGUAUUCUACUGAUGAGCUGAACCCACCCUCCUCCCUCUCCCUGUCCAUACACUUAUAUUCUGUUCCUCUGUUAAUCUCUCUCAUUCCAUCACCCCUCUCCCCACGGUUACUUCACCUGUACAUCCAAACAGAGCAAUCCUCUCUCCAGAUAUCAUGUCCUCAACUUGUUGCACUUUCAGUUGUUUUGCUGGCUUCCAGCUUUUUGUCCAAUUCUUCAUAUUCUUCCUAAAUGAAACCUGCAACCAUUCAAUCAACAGUCUAGCCAAGACCUAAUCACCUCCACAGUGACACUGUUCAAUCUCAUUAGUGCGGUUACUCUUUUCUGUGUUUUCUAAAUGUAGUGUGAUCAUGGCAUGGUUUUCAUUUGGAAAACAGUUUAGCAUCUCAAGAAUGGGUAAGACAUUGAAAGCUCGUACAAUGUUCAGCUUUAAAGACGAAGAUUCAAUAUUAAUUGAUGUAACCAAAAUCUUUGCGUAAACAUUUAAAGCAGACAUUCGCCUAAAUAUCGGGGUUAUGUUUUAAUCCUGAAAGUGUCAGAGUUCGAUCAGGAGGCGUUGACCAGACCACGCCAAUUAAAAAUGUUUCAGGGAGUUCCACUAGUGCCAACUUCUAAUGGGUUGCCUUAUUAUUAUAUUUAGAUGACAACAUAAAACAUUGUUUUGGCUUUACAAAAUAAUACGUGUUGAACUACAACUCAUGCUUGUAUAAUCGUAGCCUUAUUUUUGUUCAGAACUGUUUCAUCUCUUCAUUCUCAAUAUGUUAUCAUGUGUCCAACAUUAAACACCUGCUGUCGGAGCACACAUUCUGUUCAGGGAUAGAUGCCAAACAAUUGACCUUAAAACCAAGAUGGAUGCUAUUGUUUACUCCCAAAUGUUUCUGCUUCCGUAAAGAAAAUUCCAUUUUGAUUGUAUGCGGAUGUGUUGUGCAGGUACUUUUCUGCUUGGUCCUCAUUGCUUGCUGUGAGAACAUGCCUUUUUCAGCUUGGGGUAGGCCUCUGUUUAUGUUUUAAAUUAAAACGGCUGAACACAAGUGAACUCUGGACAAUCGCGCGGCCUACCUGAGUCCAGGUGGGCUCAGUUAUAAUCUCCUCUUACCCACCUCAUGAUGCACAUUCAUGGUAUUCUGGUGCCAGCCUGCCCCCAAGUGUUGAUGUGCCUGGCAGGCAAUGAGCACAGCAGAAGAAGAAAUCCUGUGUAUCGCAAAUAAAACUGUUGUUUUGCAUUUAAAGUUUGCCUAUUUUGUUUACUUUCUGAGCUCGAAGACUUCUAAUUGAAAUGUAAUAAUGGCUAAUUAAAAGGCGUACUAACUGAA